GCGUGGGACUGGCUGGUAUGCGGCCCGGCCUCGCCUUCCUGGGCUUUGGCAGCCAAUGGUGAAAAAAGCAAGCGAGGCAUUUUGACCAGUUGAGGCCAGCUCGACCGGGGCGAGCAGGAAGGGAAGGAAAGGGUUGCUGCCGGAAUCCAGAGGUGCUGCUGUACAACAUGAGGCUGAAUGAAAGGCUGAUCAGGCCCUUCCAAGCUCCUGCCACAGUCCGAAACUUCUCGGGUAGUCAAGUGUUUUUGUUCCGAAGCGGCAGGCAAUCGGAUUCCGAGGACUCGUCGGAGGAAGAGUUCAACGCCACGGAAUUACGUGCCAGGGGGAAAGACCCCCAGCCACCCGGUUCUUCCCAGAAGAGGGUUGGGGACGUGCAGCUUCUAGAGCGGGUCGUUAAAGGAGACGACAACCUCAUCAAGUUGGCUCUGCAAUACGGGUGCAAAGUUGAAGAUAUCAAGAGGGUUAAUAACUUUAUCCAAGAACAAGACUUCUAUGCUCUGAAAUCCAUCAAGAUUCCAGUCAAGGUUAACGGACUACUGACGGAGACCAACAAUGAGCUGCUACCCCUUCAGACUCCUGCUCCACGACCCGAAUACUCCGUAUCCAUAGAUCCAGAAAGCAGGAGUGGUGACCAUGAACAAAUCGAUCAAUAUUUCAGAGGGAUUGACCAAAACAUUGAAAGAGUGACACAGCUGGAAAUCCCUUCAUGCAGAGAUCCCUUCAUUGAACCUUCGAACCAGUCAACUCGGGAGCAGAAAGCCACCUGCUCCGGAGCAGAUUAUGGGAUCCAGUGGUGGAAAGCCGUCUUUCUUAUGCUCCUGAUAGGAAUUGUUUUGCCUGUGUUUUAUAUUGUCUAUUUUAAGACCCAGCAACUAGAUGUGGUUCCCAGCACCUCCAACACGACGGAACCCGUUAAAAUCUCAGUGAACCGUUCUUUGGUGGGAAGAUCAAACUAUGUUGGGCGAGAAAGCACCCCCACUGUCCAUACUACUAAACAAACUUUCAUCCCAUCAGGAGGGUGACAUGGCCUGGCCUGCUUUCUCUGCCCCAAAUGAUCUGGAAGUAACAACAGAUUCUGGGUCCCGUUUCUCCCCCCUGCCUCCCCCCAAAGUACAGUAUUGAGCAGUGGAGCCUAUGUUUGUUAUUUGUGGUUACUGAUGAAUUUUGAGUGAAGGCCAGGCAGAGGAACAACAGGGCAAAAUGAGUCAUGGAAGAUAAUUAGCCAAUUGUGAGCUUGCUCCCAACUGUGUGGUAAGAAGGGACGUUUUAUAAUACCCAAAAUGAGGGCAGAAUCCCAACCUACAGCGGCAUCCUUCCGAUGCCCAGGUUUUCCACACUAGACCUAGCUUCCAAAACCCCUUUUUAACUUUCUUCAGUCCUUUCCCUUUUUACUGUUAAAACACAUUUCUCAACACGGUGUAACUAGGGUGAUUUUUUUUCAGUGAAUGCAAUUUGGGUGAUAUCCCUAUUCCUCGUGCAGGGUUUUGUGAGGCCUGGCCCUUUUGAAGAAAUAAGAUGCAUCCAAAUUAUCCACAGCAAAAGCCAGAACACUGCAUG